AUGUCUAGCCAACUGAUUUCGCCCGCAGUGGCCAGUGCUGCAGACAGGGAUUACCUCAUUCGACAGUCAAUGUCAACAGGCUAUCAAUAUUUCAGUCUUCUGAUGCCACCAUUGUACACGGCCGUUGUAUUAAGUCGACGAAGGAUGGGCGCAUUGCCCUGGUCGAUAAACAGGAUGUUGCGAGCAACGUGGAUAGGCGGCGCAGCAGGUAUUAUGCAAGGUGGCGCUUUCGAGUACUUCAGGACGUCGAACCAAAACGAAGAGAUAUUACGAGCUCGAAGGAUAAAUGCCAUGUAUAACGUAACUCUUCAUGACAAUACUCUAUAUUCGUUAAGAGCCCAGGACCAUUCAACAAUCGGCGCUAUAUUAGGUGCAUUACUGACGCCAGCUGUGUUCUGGAAAAGAGCGCGGUCUAUCCAUCGUGAGUAA